CAUAAACAUGGAGGGCCUGACUGUCCUUGACAUUGCAGUAAUGACCAACAACAUUCCUAUGGCCAAAAUGUUACUCUCCAAGGGCGCCAGGGAAAGUCCAGUCUUUCAAAAAGGAGAGUGUAGAUUACAAAGAUUGGAGUCACUGGUGACAGAAGCUGAGAAAAAUGUCAUCGACCUCACAGCAAUUGUACUUAAUGGUUCUUCUGGCAACUCCAACAUUUCUCCUGUGCAACUUAAGGAAACAGAAAAACAACUAGGACAUUGGGAAUUCCGACAUCGACUACUGAAACGUAUGAAGGCCGGCUAUAACUAUGCAAAACCUCCUGAAGCUCCAACAAAUGUCCAGCUGGAAGUGACUAGCAGUUCUUCCUUACGUGUCAGUUUUGCUGAACCACAAAGUCAUAAUGGGGCAGUUGUCACAAAAUACAAAGUGCAGUGGAGCACUAGUGACAGUUUUGUGCCUCUGUCUGGAGAGGCUAUUGUAGAAGAUCUGACCCAUCUGGAGUAUGAAUUAUCAGAUUUAGCCAAGGGAAGCCCAUACUAUGUCAGAGUAUGUGCCUGGAAUGUCAAAGGUUAUGGCUCAUAUUCCUGUAGCAAUCCACCAUCAGCUACAGCGUCUAGCUGGCAGGAAGUAAAUGAUGUUCCAUCCAGACUGGAAGGCAAAGUUGCAUCUCUCUACACAUUAUAUUGUCAGGUGAAGAAGUCGCGACCACCAGACUCUACAGAAAUGAAAGAUGUCUUGAACAAAGAGUCAGACUCCCCAAUGCAGAAAAAAAGAAUCAGCAUCAAAAGCUUUUUCAAUUCUACGCCAAAGUUCCAGAAGUGUGUUAAAAGAGGUGUGUACAUGGCCUGUUUGCUGUAUUGUAAAGACAAAAUUCUGGUUACAUCGGACGAACUAUUGCCAAUUAUUGAAGUGGAUGAAAUGUUCUCGGGACCUACAGUACAUACUGAUCUCUUCUGGCUUCUGAGGAUAUCAUGCAUGUGGGAGGAGGUGAAAAUCCUGAAACAGGACAUGGAAAAAACUAGCAGUGCAAGAUCAACCUUCAGGUGUAAAUUGUUGCAGGCUAUUGUUUCUUUGCAGACUGGCCUCGGAAUCCAGGAUCUUGGACAAUUCUUCCAUCAGCCAAUCAGAGACACAAACAGCAGCAUUAUUUUAACAGUUGUCAACCACAUCCGUGACCCUAGGCUUGUGACCCUGGGCUCCAGCAAGUGGGUCACUUUAGGCAAACUUGCUCGAAGACAAAGUUUGCUGACCCAUGACCUCACUGAUGCCAACAGCCUGCUUGUCAACGCUGUACCUGACAUGGUUUUAUACCAUCAAGUCAGUAGAAUUUGUUUACCUCGUGGACUUUACCUUGGGUAUGUCAAACUCCAGGCUUCUAUUGAAGUGCUGAAAGUAUUGGUGAUGAACAAGGCACCAAACUGUGUCCCACAUGUAAAGAUUAGGGAUUGUCCUAAUGUUACCAGGGAUGAGUGGGAAUGGCUGUUAAAGUCAGACCGAUUUGUUGAGAAUAUGAACUAUGCACAAGCAAGUUUCCAACAACUUUUGACAGAUGCAAUCAAAAAACUGUUUGCACAGCUUGAUCUUCCAGAAGACACUAUAACGAAGCAUCGAAUCUAUGACCUGGAGGUAUUAGAGUUGUCUCCCUCAGUGGCAAUGAUUCUGGUGUUGCCAUCAAUCGAAGAUGUCUGCAUUGUGCCAGGAUACCCUGACAGCCUGGCCAAGAAAGCUGACUGCAGUUUUUUACCUGUGCAGAUUUUUGAGUCAAUCCACAUGCAGGCCUACAAGCCAGAGUUCUUCUCUAUGUAUGCCCGACUGUCAACUGUGGUAGAGAUGGAUGGAAUCCUUGCACAUCAAGGUCACAGAGAGGCAUUUUCAACAGAAGAACUCAGUAAAACUAAAGAACAAGUGGAAGUUACAAAACAGUUGCAGCAAAACCUGGACAAAAUUUGGAAAUGUGCUAGGUGGAUACGGGACAUUACAUCUUAUGCAAGAAACAGAGAAAAGAAAGCAGGCAUUGGUUUAUCCUAUGUCUUUCUGAGUAAUACAGUCAGCAGUAAUAAGUGUAUAUCUGUAAGUGAUACUAUGCAGAAACCAUUGAGGUUAAACAUUGGACAGAACAGCUAUUUAUCAACAUCUACCACAGACUUCUUACAGAGUGGCAGGCUGAGUGAUUCUAGUGACCAAAGAUGCAUUGCCAAGUUUUAUGAUCCAAACGAAGAAACCCCUCAUAGCUCUGACAUUAUCAGUAUAGGCAGAGCUUCUAUCAGACAUCAGGACAAAGAUGCAACUUUUUAUUUAUCUUCUUCUGAGUCAACUCCAUCACACUGCUCCACUCCACAGAAUCGUUUUUCAACCUCAUCCCUAUCAUCAAUGUCUUCAUCAUCGUCCACUACAGCAAUGGAAUAUGCACAGUCACAAAAUUCAUCGUUCGCCAUCAUCAAAGUGCAUGCCAUGUACGACACAGGACUGAACAAGAAUGUCAACAUGAAGCUACACAUCACAGAACAAACAACAUCUCGAGAUAUCAUCAACCUCAUUGUCAGACAUCUCAACACAAUUGUUAAAAAGAAAGGCAAGGGUAACUAUGCAUACUCAGAGGAAUCCCUGAACAAUUUUUGCUUGGUUAUAAAAUUGCCAGAUCAUGAGCAAGUGCUAACAGAUGACUGCAGAUUGCUUUGUUUAGGAGAGCUUUUACAGACAGCUAAAAUUUGUGUGACAAUUCUGGGUACGGUAUUUUCAACACAAGAUAUGGGACAAGCUACUGUCGUGUAG